AGCUGGCAUCCAUCUAGCCCAGUUGUGACAGCUCUGUGCCAGUUAACAUCAUACAUAAGUGAGUAAAAAUGGAGACAAACAUGGGAGGACAAGGCCAGCAGUAUUCUGUCACUGCAAGCAGGAACAUCCUGGAGUGACAGAAACCCUUACAAAAAGGUGAGGAGAGUCGCAGCUUUAUUGUGAGGAGUACUUUGUACUUACAAGCAGCGUUUAUAAAUAAUGAGCUGUUUCCACGUUAAAACAUAAUCCUGGAGAAUUGGCGUUCGCGUGAGUGAACAGAAACGGGGAGGAUUUACACCUCGCACCGUGACUCUGGAGAAGGCACCUGCCCUGGUCGCCAGCUUCACAUUUCCCGGCUGCUGAAAACAGCUCUUCGUGGACUAAAAGCCCAAAAAGACCUGUCUAGGUCUCCUCGCCCGCACGUACCCCUCCUGGAGGGAACGGAAGUUUGAGCGAGGACGCAAAAUGGCGCCCUCAGCCAACGCCGCCGCCGGCUCCGCGCCCGGCCGCCCCGCCAGGGACGACUGUCUGUGCCGGGAGGAGGCGAUUCGACUGGCGCUGUACUCAGACCGGAAAUUGACCUCGUGAGGGCGGAAGUUACCCUUGAGGGCGGAAGGGCUCCAGGACGGGGGUGGAGGGCCGCUUCGGCGCCCGUUGCGUUCAGUCACUUCCGGGGCGGAGCGGAAGUUGCUUUGUUUUGCUUCAAGAUGGCUGCGGGGAUGUAUUUGGAACAUUAUCUGGACAGUAUUGAAAACCUGCCCUUUGAACUGCAGAGAAACUUCCAGCUCAUGAGGGACCUGGACCAAAGAACAGAGGACCUGAAGGCUGAAAUUGACAAGUUGGCCAGUGAAUACAUGAGUAGUGCCCGCAGCCGGAGCUCCGAGGAAAAAUUGGCCCUUCUGAGGCAGAUCCAGGAAGCCUAUGGCAAGUGUAAGGAGUUUGGUGAUGACAAGGUGCAGCUUGCCAUGCAGACCUAUGAGAUGGUGGACAAACACAUUCGGCGACUGGACACAGACCUGGCCCGCUUUGAAGCUGAUCUGAAGGAGAAGCAGAUUGAGUCAAGUGACUAUGACAGCUCUUCCAGCAAAGGCAAAAAGAGUCGGACUCAAAAGGAGAAGAAAGCUGCCCGUGCUCGUUCCAAAGGGAAAAACUCAGACGAAGAAGCCCCCAAGGCCGCCCAGAAGAAGUUAAAACUUGUGCGCACAAGCCCUGAGUAUGGGAUGCCCUCAGUGACCUUUGGCAGUGUCCACCCCUCUGAUGUGUUGGAUAUGCCUGUGGAUCCCAACGAACCCACCUAUUGCCUUUGUCACCAGGUCUCCUACGGGGAGAUGAUUGGCUGUGACAACCCUGACUGCUCCAUCGAGUGGUUCCACUUUGCCUGUGUGGGGCUGACCACCAAGCCUCGGGGGAAAUGGUUUUGCCCACGCUGCUCCCAAGAACGAAAAAAGAAAUAGACAAGGGCCUUGGAUUCCAACACAGUUUCUUCCACAUCCCCUGACCUGGCUAGUGGGGAGUGGGAUGCCUGGCUGGGCUGGGGGUCAGGGAGAGGUGGGUGGCACCAGGUUGUCAUCUCCUCUCCUCCCCUCCCCACUUCCGGUGCUGAGGCUGCACCCAGCCCUGGUCCAGGGGUGCUGUGGCCACUAACAGUAUGUGCUCUCAUUCAGCCAGCCCCCUUCAGAGGGAAGUGGUCUUGCCCACUGUCCUUUUGCCUCCACGCCGAGGUUGGUGCUGUGUUUUUGAGGGAUGGUCCUCUUUUCUCCUGUUGCUUUGUAUUCAAGGACUGGGGCAGUAGCAUGGGGCCCUCCCCCAGCUUCCUGAUUCCCUCCCCUUGUUGGAGGGGGCCAUGCGUGAUAAACUUCCUUCACUUUCUCCAUGCUUUUUCCAGUGGGGGGCUCCUCCGGGUCCUCUGGGCCAUGGCCCUGGCUGAAGGGGCACCCCUUCCUCUGUGCCGAGAGGAUUCAUCCAGCCUUGUGAGUGGGAGGGGCAGGGCGGAGUGUCGGUAUCUCAGUUGUAACGGAAUUGAGUUGGUGAAUAAAAGCUGUAAGUGUUG